UGAAGUGUAGUUGAGCUGUUGUGUGUUUGUGUCUCUGUAUUUAAGCAGUAAAAUGGCAGAAGCCAGAGUUUCUCAGGAUGAGUUCUUGUGUGCAGUGUGUCUGGAUCUCCUGAAGGAUCCAGUGGCCAUUCCCUGUGGACACAGUUACUGUAAGAUCUGUAUUACAGACUGCUGGGAUCAGGAGGAUCAGAUGAGAGUCUACAGCUGCCCUCAGUGCAGACAGACCUUCAGUCCAAGACCUGCUUUAGCUAGAAACACCAUGCUGGCUGAAGUGGUGGAGAAACUGAAGAAGACCAAACUCUCUGCUGACUGUGACGCUGGAGCUGGAGAUGUGCAGUGUGACGUCUGUACUGGAAGAAAAUACAAAGCCGUCAAGUCCUGUCUGGUGUGUCAGGAAUCUUACUGUCAAACUCAUUUUGAACAUCAUGAGGAGUUUCAUUCACGUAAGCCACACAAAGUGACUGAUGCCACUGGACGACUGCAGGAGAUGAUCUGCCAGAAACAUGAGAAGCAUCUGGAAAUGUACUGUAUUACUGACGAACAAUGCAUUUGUGUGCUGUGUACGAAAUAUGAACAUAAAAACCACAACAUUGUAUCAGCUGCAGCACAGAGGAAAGAGAAACAGAAGCAGCUGAAGGAGACGGAGAAGAGUUUCCAGUCUCUCUCAGCACCUCCUGAAUCUACAGACGUAAAUGAUGACUCCUUCAGUUCUCUCGUCUCUUUUGAUGAUCUGAGAGAAUCUGUCCAUCAGCUGAGAGACAAACUGGAGGAUUUCUGUAAAGAGGAGCUCAAGAAGAUCUCAGACAGAGUCACAUUCACCAGCAUUGUUCCCAGAACCAGGAACGACUUCCUACAAUAUUCCCGUAAGCUCACUCUGGAUCUGAACACAGUGAAUAAUUACCUCCGUCUGUCUGAGAGGAACAGAGUGAUUACUGCCACUGACACAGUCCAGUCGUAUCCUGAUCAUCGAGACAGAUUUGAUGAGUAUUAUCAGGUAUUGUGUAGAGAGAGUGUGUGUGGACGCUGUUUCUGGGAUCUGCAAUGGAGCGGGUUUGGUGUGUAUAUAUCAGUGUCAUAUAAGAGCAUCAGCAGGAAGGGAGACGGUAAUGAGUGUGGGUUUGGAUCUAAUGAUCAGUCCUGGAGUUUGUUCUGCUCUCCCUCCAGUUACUCAUUCAGACACAAUAACAUUAGGACUCAUCUCCCUGUAAAGUCCAUCAGCAGUAGAAUAGGAGUGUUUGUGGAUCACAGUGCAGGAACUCUGUCCUUCUACAGCGUUUCUGACACAAUGAGCCUCAUCCACACAGUCCAGACCACAUUCACUCAGCCGCUCUAUCCUGGGUUUUAUGUUUGUGUUGGAUCAUCAGUGAAACUGUGUUGA